CACCCCCUGCCCCCCCCACUGCCACUGGCCAGGGGUUAUAUACAGCACCAAGUACGCAGCGGGCGACAGGGACGAUGGGUGCAACACGGAGCGGGUGGCUUGGGGCCUGGGCCCCUCACGGUGCAGUGCUGGCUCUGCUGGCCCUUGUGGUGCUACGGACAGCUGGCGCUGGGACCUGCCAGGUCUCCAUAGUCCAUGGGGCCAUGGUGACUGCCUGCCCAGCCCAGGGACACCACAUGGUGCCCCCGAUCGACCCUGCCACCCGCAUCCUCCUGAUGCCCUUCAACCGCCUGAUGGAGCUCACGGUCACCUCCUUCCCCCACCUGGGGCAGCUCCAGAAGCUGUACCUGGGGCAGCAACUGGGGGGCACCCUGCGUGUGGGCCCAGGCGCCUUUGCCAACCUCCCCAACCUCACCCACCUGGACCUGGGGGGCAACAAAGCACUGAGCCUGGACCCCGUGGCCCUGGCCGGCCUGGGCCAGCUUGAGGUGCUGCUGCUGGAUGCCAAUGGGCUGGAUGAGGCUGUGUUGGAGGGUGGCUUCUUCCGUGACCUGGUGUCUCUGCGGCACCUGGAUCUGAGUGGCAACCAGAUCCGGCGCCUGCACCUGGACCCCAGCUUCCAGGCCCUGAGGGCACUGGAGACACUAAACCUGAGGCUGAACAGCAUCAGGGCAGUGUGCGAUGGGGACCUGGCAGCUCUGGCUGGGCGGCACUUGACCCUGCUGGAUCUCUCCGACAACCGGCUCUGGGGAGCGGAGGUCGGAGCCUGUGGGAGCCCCUUCCUCAAUCUCACUGUGGACACACUUGAUGUCUCCUCCAACCCUUGGGAUGUGGCCAGGCUGGGACGGUUCUUACAGACCCUGGAAGGCGCCAGGCUGGGGCGUCUCCGUCUCCGGCGCUCGGGUGCUGUUGGCAGCAACUUUGGCUUCAGGAACCUGCAGGAUCCAUCAGCCGAGACUUUUGUGGGGCUCUGGGGCAAGGGGCUGCAGGCGCUGGAUAUGUCUGGCUGCUUUGUGGCUGAGCUGGGACCCCGCAUCUUUUCACCGCUGCCUGAGCUUCAGGAGCUGAACUUGUCUGGCAACCGGCUCCAUCGCAUCCACGCCAAUGCCUUUGCCGGGCUCCAGAGCCUGCGGGUGCUGGAUCUCUCUGGGAAUCUGCUGGGGGAGCUGGGUGUGGAGGGACUGCAAAGUCUGUGGGCUUCCCCCCUGGAGAGCCUGGACCUCAGCGGGAACCAUGUCGGGGCAGUGGAGCCGGGGGCACUGAAGGGGUUCACAAUGCUACGGAUGCUGGAUCUACGGGACAACGCCCUGCAGCGGGUGCCCCCGGGGCCCCUGCCUACCCUGCGGUGCCUCCUGCUAGGCCGCAACCGCCUGGUGUCGGCUUGGGGGCUGCGGGUGCUGACACGGGGCCUGGGCAAGCUCGAUCUCUCCUUCAACCGGCUCCGGGACCUGGUGGGGGUGUGGGAGGAGCUGGGGGAGGCCACAGGGCUUCAGGCUCUGAACCUGUCGGGGAACGGGCUGAGGGGGUGCAGGGAGGCUGCCCCCCCAGCACUGGCUGGCCUCCAGGUCCUGGAUCUCUCCCGCAAUGCCCUUGGGCAGGGCUGGGGGACAGGGGGGUGUCUGGCAGGGCUGGAGGGGCUGCGGGUGCUGAAUCUGAGCGGCAAUGGGCUGGGGCUGGGGGCCCGGGGG